UUUUGAGCAGUUUUUUUCUUGUCUCUGUCUGGAUCCAAAUCUGUUUCCCAACUCAGACGGCUUAUUGCUUGAAGCCACCCGAUGCCAACAGCCAUUCACUUUUUCUUCACGACGACCAUGUGGAAUCUGUUGUUGAUUUCAUGAUCAUUCAUAAUUGUCGACAAUAAUCACAAUCACAAUCACCAUGCCACGAAACUACGCGUCUCUCUCCAACUGCUACAAGCCUCUUCCGUUUCACUUGGCGCAAUCCCAGCAGGCAUCCACCACCACCACCACCAUUAAUAGUAAAAAAUCCAAGAGAGAUAGAGCUUCCCAUGAAUUGCGGGUACUCCGCCUGGAGCUGGGCAUUACGUCGGCCACGGGAUCGGCCUUGGUAGAAUUGGGGCACACCAAGGUUCUCUGUCAAGUCAUUGGGCCAACAACAACCAGUACGACGACUGUCAAUAUGGAAGAGGGAACCCUGGAAUGCCAAGUCCAAUAUGUCCCCAAUGUCGGCUAUCCCAUCACAUCUCUGGUAGGUGCUGCCGCCAGUGGAUUGGCAUUGUCGUCGGAAACGCAGCAACAUGCACAACAACCGACAUCGGGACGAAUCAAUACACAAAUUGGGGGCGUCGAAAAGGAAUUGGCCAAUCAGGUAUUGUCCUCUCUUGCGGCAGCAGUCCCACUCAAAGCGUAUCCCAAAAAUGUGAUUCAGUUGCAAUUGACAAUUCUACAAGACGAUGGCAGUGUCAUGUCAGCCUGCACCAUUGCUGCUUCAUUGGCACUCGUCAAUGCCAGUAUUGAAGUGUAUGAUAUAGUCACCAGCGCCACUGUGGCUGUCAUGAAGGACGAGGACACUACGCAACCCAAACUCUUGGCAGACCCAACCUACAGCGAACUGGAGCAAGCCGAUGCGGUUGUCACACUCUCGCUGCUAGCCAAUUGGAAAGAAGUCACAUUAUGGAAUCAAUCUGGACGACUGUCAUCGACUUUGGCCAAUGAAGCCAUCAGUCUGUGUAGAGAUGGAUGCAGAAGCAUGCACAAAUUCAUGAGGAAUGCACUGUUGGAUUUCGAGGAACCAGGCGGACAAAAGAUGACCACAGACGUGAAAGAAUAGUCCAACCCAAGGCUAUAGAACACCUUCCUGAGCAAACAACGUGUAGAAAAAUUGAGCUGGGACAUUCGAUGUUCUUCUGUUCAGUUUUCAAUUUAUUUGCAAUAGAACCAUUCCUAGUUUGUUAGUUUGACUUGCUGGCUC